AUGUCAUGGGCCCGGUACGACUUGACAUAUGCGGUUCCCCGGCGCCCGAACUGGGGAGCUAAUGCUGAGGCCUGGCGACUCGGUCUUGCAUUCUAUCUGAACGGCAUGGUCGACAAAGGCUCGUCGAUUGCGGCGUACACGGUGACAGAAUACAUAAACGGCACGUUGCAGAAUGAGACGGCCGAUCACAUCACUUAUCUUCCAGGGUUGAAUAUCAUCAAUAUGACUACUCAGGUUGCGAGGAAUGUGGGAACUGAUUCGCUUGGUGCUCCCCGAAUAGCUGGUGGCUUGGUAUGGGGUAGCCGAAUCGGCAAGUCUGGGAACGGCACGCUCGUGGCAAUGGGCGGUAUGCGCAGCGCAGGACAAAGGAUCGACACGUUCAGCAACGGAGUCUUGGUAAUCCAAGGAUCUAGGAUUUUUGUUGCCUGA